UUCUUGAAACACCUGGAAUUCAAACCCUCGCAUCCUUAAGCUAAAGUUAAAGAACACCCAAGUGGGAGUGUCAUAAAUCGAGGAAGUCUCUCUUUGUUCCUCAUCGCCUCUCAACAACCGGACAACUCGGUCAAUCUUCUUCACCUUUGGAAUCCUUAAGUUCAGAAAGCUCUAUAGUUCGAUCUCGUUAUAGUCGGACCGUCACUCUUUCUAGUAGUUCUUGAUACCUACCAACAAACCGCCGUCGAGCUAGUACAGAACAACCUUGCUAGUAUCACCACACCGGAACCCCCGAGCUUCAUAGCAUACGUCUUACAGACAACCCACACUGAACCACUAGAAACACUAAAGAGAAACGCAUAACGAAGCAUCAUGGGUAUCCCUAAGUUCUUCCGAUGGAUCUCCGAGAGGUACCCCCUCACGUCCCAACUCAUCACCCCGAACACGAUCCCUACUUUUGAUAACCUCUACCUCGACAUGAACGGGAUCAUUCACAACUGCUCCCACCCUCCCUCGACCGAGGGCGACAUGCACUUCCGGAUCACCGAGGAACAGAUGAUCCUCGCCGUUUAUGCCUACAUCGAUCACUUGUUCACCAAGAUCAAGCCGAGAAAGGUCUUUUUCAUGGCCAUCGAUGGAUGUGCGCCUAGGGCCAAGAUGAAUCAGCAGAGAAGCAGGAGGUUUAGGACUGCCAAGGAGAACAAGGAGGCACAGGAAAAGGCAGAGAGGAGUGGAGAGGUCUUGCCCGAAGAAAAGGCAUUCGACUCGAACUGUAUUACACCGGGGACACCAUUUAUGGCCCGUCUCUCGAAACAUCUCGAAUACUUUAUCAACAAGAAGAUAUCGGAAGACUCCGACUGGCGGGGUGUCAAGGUCAUCUUCAGCGGCCACGACGUCCCGGGAGAAGGAGAACACAAGAUUCAAGAAUUCAUCAGGUUGAACAAGGCUCAACCGGAUUACAACCCCAAUACCAGGCAUUGUCUAUACGGGCUCGAUGCCGAUCUCAUCAUGUUGGGUCUGCUCAGUCACGACCCCCACUUCUGUCUCUUGCGAGAGGAAGUCACUUUCGGCAGGAACAAGAAGAAGAGCGGAGGCCUGGCUGCUCAAAACUUUUUCCUAUUGCAUCUCUCGCUUUUGCGAGAAUACCUCGAUCUGGAGUUUUCUAGUAUCGCUGAGGCCAUGCCUUUCGAAUACGACCUCGAGCGGAUCAUUGACGAUUUCAUCUUGCUCUCGGUCUUCGUUGGAAACGAUUUCUUGCCGCAUCUACCGAACUUACAUAUCAACGAGGGAGCUAUGGAGGAAAUUUGGAACAUCUACAAGAGGGUUCUGCCUGUCGCUGGCGGCUACUUGAACUCUAGCGGUACGAUCAACGUCGAUCGGGUACAGCUGGUCAUGAACGAGCUGGCCAAGACCGAGAUCGAGUACUUUGAGCGGGAACACGCCGACCUGAACUGGUUCAAGGGCAAGCAAGAAAAGGAGAUCAAGGCGCUGGAGAACGCCAAGAAUCGAGGCAAGCUGGUCUUGACCAAGAACCAACGAGCGAUGUUUGACAAGGUCGAGAGAUUUGUUCUUGACCUCAUCGAACUCGACAAGAAGGAGAUCGACCAGGUCGAAUUCGUCAACAAUCUGCCGGCUCGGGACAGGACUUUCAUCCAGGACCUUGCCGAUGCUUUGCACGUCGACCUGGCUUGGGACGAGGUGGACGAGUACGGUCAGAGUCUUGUCGUAAUCGCUCCGGGUAUGCUCGCCCACAAGAGCAGUCCCGCUACUUCUGCAACCAAGAGCGAGCGUGAGCCCGUCAGUGACGAGGAGAGCUCCAGCGAUACAGCGGACGAGAGCGAUGACGAGGAUGCGGAAGGCAAGGCGGCUAUCAAGCGGGUCUUAGACAAGUACAGGAAGGCCAAGGUCAUCGACAAUAUCGAUGAGGACGCUCAAAAGUCUUACCAAACGGUCUUGCACGAACGACUGAAUGAAUGGAAAGACAACUACUACAAAACCAAACUCGAGGCCAAGGACGACAAGGAUGUCAAGCAGGUCGUCUACAAAUACGUUGAGGGUCUACAAUGGGUCAUGAAUUACUACUACAAGGGUUGUUCAAGUUGGGGCUGGUACUACCCUUACCACUACGCACCCAGAAUUACCGAUUUCGUCGGGCUAGGAGACAUGAAGUUUGACUUUGUCCUCGGACAACCUUUCAAGCCUUUCCAGCAGUUAAUGGGUGUUUUGCCGGCUGCAAGUUCCGAGCAUAUUCCCGUAGCGUACAGGGACCUCAUGUUUGACCCGAGCUCUCCUAUUCUCGACUUCUACCCUCAAGAUUUCGAGGAGGAUAUGAACGGAAAGAAGCAAUCCUGGGAGGCUACCGUUAAGAUCCCCUUCAUUGAUGGCGACAGGCUACUUCGAACGAUGGCCUCUCGAGACCACAGGCUGACUGCGGACGAGCAAGCACGAAACCAAUUGAGCGAUUACAGCACCAUGUUCAUCUACGACGAGAGCGCGUCGAACCACUACACUUCGUCGCUUCCGGGAUCAUUCCCGGAUCUGCCCAGGUGUAAAUGUCGCAUGGAGCCUUAUGCUUUGCCCGACCUCGGAAACGGCGUUGAGCUCAUUACUGGACUCAUUGAUGGCGUUCACCUUGGUGCUUCGGCUCUGGCUGGAUUCCCUUCGAUGAAGACACUGCCGCAUCACGCCCAGCUCAACCAUCACGCCAUCAACGUUCAUGGACAGGACAGCAGGAACAUCUCGAUGGUCAUUACCAUCGAAAACGCCUUCGAGAACGUCAAAACCUCCGAGCUGGCAGGCAAAAUGGUCGGGGAGAGGACUUUCCUACACUGGCCUUUCCUGCAAGAAGGAAUGGUCGUUGCUCUUUCGGACGAACUUUUCCGUUAUGAGAAAGGCCCUCGAGGUGUCAUUGCCACGCCUCACGAGCCCAACUCGCUGAUCGACUUCCGAAAGAAAUCGCACCGCAUCGAGGACCACUACUCGAAACGCUUCGGGGUCGUGACUGGACAGAUCGAUGUCCUGAUGCACGUCAGACCUUUGCAAGGUCUGAAGCGAAUGGACGAUGGCUCUCUGCUCAAGGAUUAUGCUGAAAAGGAGAAGGAAAUCGAGCAGGCCGUCCAGAUGGCUGUCCGCCAGGUUGCGUUCGAGGAUGAACGAUAUUUGGAACAAGACCCGCCAUCACUGCCUGCCGAAUUCCCCAAGGGUACUAGGGUAUUGUUCUUGGGCGACCACGCUUAUGGUGCCGCAGCCCAAGUCACUGAAGCUACUGAACAAGCUUUGACCGUAGAACUGGCUUACUUUGCCAAUGAAGCCAGUGAACCCGCUGUCUAUUCUCGACUCGUUCACUCGCGGCCGAACGAGAGAUACCACCCGAACCCUCUCAUCGCCAGAGGAUUGGGAGUCUCGUCGUUGGCCAUGUCUCGAAUCAUGUCUACAGUCUUGAUCGAGACUAGCGAUGGACGCAAGUACAACAUCGGACUCAGCCUCAAGUUCGACGCCAAGGGUUUGAAGGUUCUCGGGUACAGCAGGAAGAACGAUCGAGGUUGGGAGUUCAGUCAAGCUGCCUAUGAGCUGUGCGCGCAGUACAAGAACGAGUUCCCGGACGUCUUUGAGAGGCUUGAUGGCAACGAUCGUGGGAUCGCCCGUUCCAGGGACAUGUUCCCCAAUGCACCCAACCCGGAUACUCGCGUCAAGCAGGUUCGGGAAUGGUUGAAGGACCGCGGAGUUCUCGACCUCGAACCUGUGUCCCUCUUUGCAGAACAGUUGGACAAGACGACUGUGAAAGCCUUGGAGAAGACGGCCGAUGAGUUCAACUCGCAGAGGCAUCUGACCAAGAUCAAGCGGGUCGUCAUCAAGGCAGUGCCUAGGCAAGCUCUGCUGAAGCCGACACAUGCCCUCUACCGUUUACAAGGACAGGUCUUUGCUAUCGGAGACCGGGUCAUCAUGGUAUCAGACGCGGCAGUCGGCGGUGUUCCCUUCUCGCUCAAGGGAGUCGUCAUCGGUCUCAACGCAACCUCGAUCGACGUGGUCUGGGACUCUCCCUUUAUCGGUGGAGAGACGUUGACCGGUCGAUGCUCCGAGCACCGUGGCUCGAUCGUUCCCUUUGCCUCAUGUCUCAACCUGACCAGGAAACAAUUCGCCGUCAACAAGUCGUCUGCUCCGAAAGCAAUGGGCCGGGACCCUGCCUUCCAGCCCAAGUUUGGCCCUCAGCCUGUCGUCCCUGGUCAGCAUUUCAGGGCCAAUCAGCAAUUCCAGCCUCAGGUGAACGCAGCCUCGCAAGGCUUCAGGCCCCGGCCUCCUGUUCAUCAAGGACCCAUGCAAUAUGGUAAAGCUGCGCAAGGCAUUCGACCUCGGCCGGCUCCAGCGGCGGCACAAGGGAACACGCCUCAGGUACAGAUCCUGCAUCAGGCUCUGACUGGAAAGACUGGUGGACCUAUCCGGCCUGUGCGUGGACGAGGCGGAUUCGCCGCUCGGCCUAUGAAUGGCCAUGCUGUUGCUCCACCUCACGCAGCUGUACCUGUUCCGCACAACGGCGCAACCCCAGUCGUUCGCCCUACUCGGGGUCAUCCACGAGGUCGAGGUGGAUUCGCCGGACGAGGUCGAGGCGCUUCAAAUGGCACGCCUUCCGCUCAGAGUGCGGCCUAAGAUUGCUUGCGCUACGCGUUAGUCAUGAUGUCAUUAGGUCGUCAUGUUGUAUUUGCUGCUAGUAAGCAAUAUGCUAUAUGCGUCAAUUGUAGGCAUUCCUCUUGUUCUUUCGCACGCCCAUUUCGUCUGCUUGUUUUUCCAACAACCUUUCGAUGUAUCCACCUUCUGGGAACGUCCUGUUCCAUUGAUUAUGCAAAUGAAUGCUCCAGAUCUGGUUUAUGCGCUUCUCCAGGUGCUGUCUGCCGUCCCGGAUGGGACCCUCGCCGGACGGAUCAGACCAAU